AAUAUACUAGUAAUAUUUUGGCGAAAGGGAUCAAAAAAAAGGCUCAUUGCAAAAUACUAGAAGACUGUCUGUUCUAUUGAACGGAAAACCCCUACCAGAGUGAAGCCAUCAAACCCCUUUCAGAAACGAAUGAAACCAGAUCAAAAUUAGUAUGGGAUUGGAUAGCUGUCCGGUGGCUGUCCAACUGCCCGUAGCGAAGACCGUUUACCUUUCGUAUCCAUGGACUACCGUCGUGACCCCGUGUUCGACGGCGUCGACUUCUGUUCCACCACCAAUCUGAAACCAAUGGAACACUUUCGAAUUCGGACUUCCUCAUGGCUUCCUUCAGAAAACGCGAGAAGCCAGACUCUGAAUUGAGCUUUGACCUGAGGUCGACGAAAAGAUUUUAAGGAAGAAGCGAUACCCGAUAUCAUGAAGUCUUCGAUACCCGAUGUCCUUAAUUUCCCGAUACCCAAUAUUGGGGACUUCAAUAUUAUGAAGUCUCCGAUACCCGAUAUCCUCUUCCUUAUCGUGAACUUCGAUAUCGUGAAGUGUCCGACACCCGCUAUCCUCUUCGUUAUCGUGAACUUCGAUAUCAUGAAGUCUCCGAUACCCGAUAUCCUAAAGUCCCCGAUAUCCGAUAUUGCGGACUUCGAUAUCAUGAAGUCUCCGAAUAUCCUAAAGUCUCCCAUACUCACGAUACCCGAUAUCCAGAACUUCGACGGGUGGCCGUUGACUUCCGACACGGAGGAGGUAUGCGACGCAGAGGCCAAGCUUUUUCCACAGGUGGAGGAGGAAAACAGUAAAACAAAGAUCAAGAAGGGGAGGAAGAACAAGGACGGGAAAGAUCGGAUGCAUUUCAGGGGCAUACGGAAGAGGCCGUGGAGAAGGUACGCCGCGGGGAUCAGAGAUCCCGGCAAGAAGAAACGCGUGUGGCUGGGGGCUUUUGAAACGGCGGCGGCGAGGGCGUACGCUGCCGCCGCAAGAGAGCUCCGGGGAGCCAAGGCCAAGCUUAAUUUACCACCGGUGGAGGAAAAAAUCAAAAAUCCAGAGAUGAAGAAGAAGGAGAAUUGCGAUCAGAGUCCAAGUCCAAGUCCGAAUCGCUCCUUGAUUUUGAUUCAAGAUUGCGAUCAAUGUGCUGGUAUGCUUCCCGAUCUCAACACUAUUGAGUAUGCUAGCUCUACACGUUGUCCUAUCGGCUCACCGGAUGGAGGACACCUUGUGUUGCUUGAUCCAUUGGAGCAAUCUACAAAAAAUGUAGCACAUGUGGCCUGGGCAGAUCAAUGCUCUCCUACUGUGGCCCUUACAAAGAAGGAAAUGUUGAGAAGGACAUUAAAGAAGAAGUGCAGAUUUAUGAGUACAAUAUUUGAGAUUCACCAACAACAUUUUGGCAGAAUAUGUGAAGGCUCUGCGAAGAGCUUUGGGGCCAUGCGCAUCUGUAGGAAGCAUGGGAUCAAUCGGGUAUCCACAGUAAAGCGCAUCCAUGAUCAAUACGGGAUCCGUCAGUGGCCAUUUCACCCAAAAUGGGCAACGAGGAAGGGGUAUUCUUUGGGAGACAAAAGACCAUUGGAAGUUAGCAGGCUAUCAAUGGAUGAGAUACUUGGUUCAAAGUUUCCAUUUUUCCAUAUGUCCCAGUUUGCUAGAUCUUUGCCUCGGCAUUUAGCCUUACAAGAUGGAAGCAAUGUAGUCGGGCCUAUAGCCUUAUCAUCAAGUGAUUUUGCUGCUACAAACAACAGAGCACAUCUUGUCCGACAAGAUCAGAGCGGCUCUACUGCAUCUCUUUACGAGAGGAAAAAUACAAGAGAAACGUCAGAUAGACUGGGGAUAACUAUGAGUUUAUGUAGCGUAGAGAAUCUCCAACAACAUUUUGGCUGUAAACAUAAAGAUGAUGUGAACAGACUUGGUGUUAACGUAUCCAUGUUUUUGAGCACCUGUGGGCAGCACCGAGUCUGGUGGCCAUGCCGGAUUAAAAGCAAUGAACAACAAGCAUUUGUUGCUACGAAAAACAGAGCACAUCUUGUCAAGCCAGAUCAGAGGCGCCCCACUGUGUCUAAUUCUGAGGAAGGAAGUACAAGAGAGGCAUUAAAGAGAGAUUGCUUAACUAAUGUACCAAGUGUAGAAGAUUUACAACAACAUUUUGGUGCUAGACGUAAAGAUGCAGCAAAGAGCCUCGGUGAUUCCCUUGCAUGGAAGUCAUUCGAAAUACUAGACAGUGUACCUCUUUGGGAACAGUCUGACGGCAUUAGACACUUGGUGCCACAGAGAACACAAAGUCUAACACUCGAGCAUUGUGUACGACUAAAGAAAUCACAGGAUCUGCCACGGAGUCUGCAAAUAAACUGCUCAGGAGGAUUGACUCCUCAGUCUGCUAUCGGCUUGCUAGAUGGAGGACACGUUCUCUCUCUUUCCGAGAAGAAACUGGUGAGAGAGACAUUAAAGAGAAAGUGCAGAACUAUGAGUGCACUCAGUUCAGAAGAUCACCAACAUGUUGACAAGAGAUGGGACGAUACUGCGAAGAGCAUUGGUGCGAAGCACAUCUGUAGGCAGCUUGUUCUUCCUCGUGUAUCCACUGCGAAGCGCAUCCGCAGGCAACAUGGGAUCCAUUGGUGGCCACUUCAAAAAGACCGGGCAACGGUGAAGGGGUGUUCUUUAGAAGGGCAAAGACCAGUUGAAGUUAUCAGCCUAUCUAUGGGUUGGAAACUUGUUUCAAGGCUUCAACUUAUCUAUUUAUCCUGGCAUGUUAGAUAUUCACCACGGCCUUCAGCCUUACCAGGAGCAGGAGAGAUUGUGGGGCGUAUAGCCUUGUCCUCAAGUGAAUUUGCUACCACUAACAAUGGAGCAGAGCUUAUCAGACAAGAUCAAAUAGGCUCUACUGCAUCUCAUUCUGAGAACAAUAGAACGAGAGAAACAUCAACCGGCAAAGGGAUAAAUUCAAGUAUUAGUAUAGAGGAUCUUCUUCAACGUUCUGGCCGUAAACGUAAAGAUGCUGCGGAUAGCCUUGGCGUUAGUGUAUCCAAGUUUAAGCGCGUAUGUAGGCAACAUGGAAUCCAGCGGUGGGGAAAACAUGUAGGAAGCAAUGUAAUCUGGAAACCUCCUGAUCCACAUGAAAGGAAUACAUCCCCAACAUGCAUGACUUUGUCAUCUCAUGGGCAUACCGAGAUGGAGAAUCAAAUGGUUGGUCACCUUCACGAGCCAAAUGAGCAUCAAUCGGAUUCUUUCGACGAACGUUUGGUCGCAGGGAUCUUAGAAUCCCCUACUUUUCAUGAUGCUUGCGUUGGUAAUUAUCUUGAUAUGGAUUUCCCUUUUUCAUCUGUUCUCGAAGAAAGCGAAGAAGCAAGGGGCCAACAGACCAACCAAUCGACACUGUCCGCCCCUCAUUUGGAGCGGCAUGGCUGUGGAUCUAGCUAUGGGAUAGAAGUGCCGACAUGUUCUGACCCAGCUUCGACCCAACCCAUGUCUACUAUUUCCCACCCGAUGCCCCCCAUGAUGCCUCCUCUCGCACCUGGCCAAGAUACAAGCCCCGUGACUGUGAAAGCAACGUAUGAGAAUGACAUAAUAAAAUUCGAGCUCCCUCCCACAUCUGGAAUUGUUGAACUGAAGCAAGAAGUGGCAAUGAGACUCAAGUUAAAGCUUGAUGGUUUCAAAUUGAAGUAUGAGGAUGAGGAUGGGGACUGGAUUUUGUUAACGUGUGACAAGGACUUGAGGAACUAUCUGCAACUUUUCAGCUCAAUGGUAAAGCCAGUAAUUAGACUGUUGGUUGAUAAGGUUGUCAAACGCAGAAAUAGAGUUGGUUUAAGAAAUGAGAGGUUGUAGUACAGGGUUGUCAUCAGAAAUUUCCACUUCAUUUGUGUUUUUUUAUUCUUUUGGAGGGUGGGGUUAGGGCUUCUGUUUGGUUUCGGAGGCUUUUGUUUGUUUGUUUGUUUACCUUCUUAUUUUUCUUCGAGCUAGCAAGGAACACAAUUUUAAAAAACAAUUCCAUAUACAAUUGUGUUCAAAGCUAUUCAAUGAUAUGAGGUCUUGAAAUU